CUGGUGAAGCCAGGUUAGCAUUGAUGGAAAGACUUCUCACUGUCUACUUGUAAGCUGGGAAAUUUGGGUGUGUGGUCUGAAGGGUGGAUUAAGCGUGUGGAAUCUGAUCCUGAUCAAACCCGUUUGAAGUUCGGAUGUCGAAAGAUUCACUAAUUCUGAAGGUGUAAUAAAUAAUCACCUUAAAUGGUUCCAUUUUAUGUACAAGAACCAAACUUAGAGUAAUCAUGGCAACGACAGCCACAACGACCAACACUUCCACGACAAGCCCGAUCACGUUGGAAGACUGUGUCCUUGACCUUUCAAAAGCUGAAUUGCCACUCAUUCUGUUCCCGACGUUUAUCUUCAACGUCGUCGCCCUGGUCGUUCUUCUGAAGAUGAAGGGAACCGCCGACUCCUUGGACAGACUUCUCGUCACCAGCCUCGUCGUCAACGACCUCAUCUCCACCUGUCUGUACCUCCUCACGUUCCUGAUGGGGUGGCUGUCCUGUGGAGCCAUCCUAAAAAAACCGUUCGUAUGUGGGCUGAUGGGGUGGCUGACAACGACGAUGGUGAUGUGGUCAGCCGGUGUGAUCACCGUGAUGACGUCAUGCAGAUAUUUAGCUCUGGUCAAGCCUCUCUACCACAGGUCAAAGGUCACGUCACGGUCUAUCAAAUUCGCACUUCUUGGAACUCUGAUAUAUAUGACAUUGCAUCUUAUUUUCCCGUUUCUCCAUCUGGACACCCCCUACAGGAUGUACGAAUCAAAUAAGAUAUGUGGCUAUGAUUUCACACCGGCUUUAGGCGGAUCCGUUCACAAGGUGAUAUUAGGGCUGAUCAGCGUUGAAGGCCUUAUGACGAUCAUUGUGGUUUUGUUCUUCAAUUUGUCAAUUAUAAAACAGCUACGGAAGAGAGCUCAAGUUCAGUCUGGUGAUGUAACGGGCUAUCAAACACAAACCCAUGUUCGUCAACGUCGCACAGCCUUUGCUACCGUCUGCAUCGUCGUGUCGCUGUUCUUCUGUCUCUGUUAUGGACCAUUUUUGGGUCGUGUCCUGUAUGAUGUGAUUAUCAACGCGGAAGAUCAGGACGAGAUGCGACACUCUGUGUCGCUGUCUUUGCUGUUUCUGAGUCCUCUACUUAAUCCAGUGCUGUACGGAAUCUUCAACAAGCGAUUCCGGGUGUGUUUCCUUGACCUUUGUAAAAACGUCUACCGGAAGUUAAGGUGUAAGGGAGCGAACUCUGCUGAUGGCAACCCUUUGACCCUUAACACAGUGACUAGAAAUAUUACUUAAACAAUCUUACAUCGUAUCUGAGACUGGUGGUUCUGCAUAUCUAUAAACAAAUUAUCUCAUUA